AUGGAACUUGGUCAAAUAGUCAAAUUAUACAUUCCUCACUUCAAAAAAGAAAGAUAUUACUUGGUCUACCAAAUUUCUUCUUUUAUUGACUUUACUUUGCUAAAUAUCACUGAUAGAGAUAAAAGAGAAAGUAUUAAAUCUGAAAUAACUCAACAUAAGUUAAGAACAGAAAUUACUCCUGGUAUUAUUUCCCUCGUUAAUUUAAACACUGAGAUUCUAAUUAAUGAUGAAUUAUUAUAUGAAUUAAUUGAUAAAUUGCCACAACAAAAUAAAAACGGGGAUCCAUUACCCAGUAUUUCUAGGGAAGAGCGGGUUGAAAUAAUCAAAGGUGUUAAAGAUUGUUUCAGUAACAAGAAAUUUCGUGGUAAUAGAUAUAAGGAAGAACAAAAAGUAAUUGAUUUUAUUGAUAAAGAAAUCACUCCCCAAGCCGAAAGUGGUGAAGUCGGAGCCAAAGGAAUUUGA